AUGGAAUCCCCCAUAACGACCUUUUUCUCUCUGGUGGAGUUGGUGGACUGGGACCAUGGCAUCCCUGCUGCUAUUCAGUGCGCAUACAUGAUAGCUGAUCGAAGGCGAUGCCGGUGGCAGAUAGCCAAGGGUAAUCUCAUUCUUGCUCAAGAAGACUUUGCAAGUCACCACGAGAUGAUCUCUGGCCCCUCGGGCGAAUGUACCCGGGCAUCACCGCAGUUCGAAAUCUUGAAAAAUCUCGCCAAUAUCUACAUUUGUCGAAGGCACAACGAGCACAAGUCCCAGGCCAUAGAACAGUGGCUGAAGGAACUCGAUGUACGGGCGAAUUUUGCAAGUCUCAAGCUAGAGGAGGGCGAGAGUUUUCAAAGCAGUCAUAUACACCCUGCAGAAAGCGAAGAACACACAGAUGCGAUUAACGCCCCGGAUGGUGAACACUACAGGGCGGGAAGGAAGCCAGGGGAAGAAGAACAUCCUUUUGGGGCGGCAGAAGGGGUUUCGGUGGUUUCGAAUGAACCGCCGCCAGUUAGGAUUAUACGCCGUGCAAACACCAUGGAACCAGACGCAGUGGCCCAGGAUGUGACCUGGCUUUUGAAACAACCUCUUGAUGGGCCGCUAAAUCUGGAACCGGGGUAUAUCUAUGUGAUAUGCCCCCCAGGCCUCCCUGGAAUAUUCAAAAUUGGAUAUACCUUGCAACACCCAGAGCUAGGUCGGCUCAACAAACACGAUGAGUGCUACGGCGAAGUCGAACUGAUCGCGAAAGAAUUUACCGAGUAUGUCCAUCGCGUGGAGCAACUACUGCUAGCAGAAUUCUCCAACAAUCACUAUCAACUUGAGGGUCGCUGUCACAAUUGCGACCACUCUCACAGAGAGCUGCUUAAAGUUGACAAGAAAACCCUUCUGAGGAGCUUGAAGAAAUGGGUUAAAUUCAUCGAAUCCCCGGCGUAUGACAGGUCAGGCUUACUUCUGACUGAAGCCCAGUCGAGAAUCCCUCGUCCUGCAUCAAAAAAAUUCCUCCGCUGCGAGCGACCCAAGCGUUCGAGCCCUGGCGGCCCAAAUUCAGCGAAGAAAGGAGAAGGCCAGAAGUUCCAAACCACAUCUCCGCGGCGUUUGGACUUUGAGGCUCCCACACCGACCAAGCAGUAUCCAGAGGUUGGGGAAGCCGAGAUAAACCCAGAUGAAAUAUGCCCGGAUUUCGAUAAUCUUCACUUGACACCUUCCAAGCCGCCCAGCAGUUGGAGCAAUAGGUAG